AAAAAAAAACAAAAAUUUGAAAACUAGUUAUUUUUAUAAAAUUAAGGCGAAAAAUUAAGUUAAAUAUGAAUACAUUGUUAAUAGUGGUAACGUUAACCCUGUUGGGUAAUUAUGUGAAAGUAAAAGCGCAGCAUCAGCAACAAAUCGAGCCAGCGUAUUUACGUCAAUAUUAUCAGCAAUUGCAACAGCACCAGCACCAGCAAGCUGUUGCAGGUGGUGGAGCUGCUGAUGCUACACCUAUCUAUGAACAAAAUGCUGAACAACCCGAACACUAUAUGCCGUCUGGCCAGCAAUUACGUGUUAAGGACACCGUACAGGAACAAAUACGAGCACAGCAACAGCAACAACACGCCCAGCAUCCACAGCAGGCUGCUUAUAUAGCACCAGCUGUACGUGAUUACUUGCAACAUCAGCCGCAAACUCAACAAAUUCAAUAUCAACCUCAACAACAAGUGGUUUAUCGUCAACCCCAACCUGUUGCUGCUCCUGUUGCUCAUAGACGACCUCAACCGGUCGCAGCGCCUCAAUAUCAAGCUGUCGUUCCUCCCAGACCUAAAGGCAAGGGCCAUUUGGAAGAAGAAGAAGAGGAAUAUGAUGAUCAAAACUCUUCAUAUCAAUUCGGGUUUGACGUGAAAGAUGAUGAAUUUACUAAUUAUCAAAAUCGCAAAGAAGUCCGUGACGGUGGUGUCAUCAAGGGCAGCUAUUCGGUGGUAGAUUCCGAUGGUUUUAUACGUACUGUUAAGUAUACGGCUGAUCCGAAGGAAGGUUUCAAAGCCGAAGUGAUAAGAGAACCGACUGAUAUUGUAGUGAAGAUACCAACACCAGCACCACAAGGUCUGCUACGUCAUCAUUCAAAGGCAGCACAAGAUUAUGCUAUAAAGUCCCAAUAUUAUGAAAAAAAUUAAAUUAAACAAAUAAGCGUACCCUCAGUUCAUUCAUACUUUUGCAUGGAAAAGUUUAGAAAAUUAUUCCAAUCCAUAUACUUGUUACUAGUUAUAAGUUUUAAUAACAAAGAAAAAUAGCGAAUAACAGAGAAAUGUUUUAUAAAACUUUUUAUGUUAUUUUCAUUAUUAUUGAUUAAUACAUUCGUACAUUCGUUCAUCCGUUAAUUCAUCCAUUCAUUCAUUCAUUCGUGUAAAUUUGUGAUCAUUUGAAACAGAGCAGAGUAACAACUACUGCUAAAAAUCUUUAUGUACAUAUUUUUGUGUAAGUAUUGGAAUAGUAAGUA